CCCACUCCAUGAUCGCAACAACACCAGCGCAUCCCAUCUAACACGACCUACAGCGCCCAAUCUACCAUCUGGAAGCCAUCUAUCCCGACCACAUACCCAAAGUAGCACCCCUCGGCCGCCGACACAAUGGCGAACUACCUCGCCUCCAUCUUCGGCACAGAGCAAGACAAAGUCAACUGCUCCUUCUACUACAAGAUCGGCGCCUGCCGCCACGGCGACCGCUGCUCGCGCAAGCACGUCAAGCCCUCCUACUCGCAAACCGUGCUCCUCCCCAACCUCUACCAGAACCCCGCCUACGACCCCAAGGCCAAGCUCGACGCCAAGCAGCUGCAAAUGCACUUCGACGCCUUCUACGAGGACUUCUGGUGCGAGAUGUGCAAGUACGGCGAGCUUGAGGAGGUCGUCAUCUGCGACAACAAUAAUGACCAUCUCAUUGGCAACGUCUACGCGCGCUUCAAGUACGAGGACUCCGCCCAAAAAGCCUGCGACGCACUCAACUCGCGCUGGUACGCCGCGCGCCCCAUCUACUGCGAGCUGAGCCCCGUGACCGACUUCCGCGAGGCGUGCUGCCGCCUCAACUCGGGUGAGGGGUGCCAGCGCGCGGGUUUCUGCAAUUUCAUCCAUCGCAAGAAUCCGAGCCCGGAGCUGGAGAGGGAGCUGGAUAUGAGUACGAGGAAGUGGUUGAAGGAGAGGGGGAGGGAUGAGAGGAGCGUGACGAGGAGUCCGAGCCCGGAGCCGACGAGGAGGCGGUAUUAGAGAGGGCGGGGGGUUGAAGGAGGUGAACUGGAUACUUAGGGGGGAGAAAGGGGAGGGGACAUUGGCUUGAGCCCUGCUGAGCUUUCGGGCCGCAUGAGGCUCAGCGGACACACCACAGCGUUUUGUUUCGGCGUUUAGAGGACCGGGUUGAAUCUACGGAGCAUGGGCAUGCAUGUACGAUUUUGUACAACUACAAUACGGGCAGCAGAUUGCAAAGAAUUUAGGACAAAUAACCGGAGGAGAGAGAAAAACUCAAACGGGAAAUGAACAAAAAAAGAACGAUUUGCAAAGUUUAAAACGCGAGCCUUGUGGCUUCUACCCCAUUUUACUUUUCCGCAC